AAAAAUUUUGAUAAGAAAUGAUUUCAUCAAUAAAAAAUUUCAAUCGUCUAUUGUUUCCUCUCGUAUUUAUCGUUCAAUUAUGUCACUUUGGUCGGAAUUGAAAACGAUAACGUAACAACGACGAAAAAUAAUAUCUAAAAACCCAUUUCCACAAUGUGUCUGUGAUACGGUUUCGUUGGUUCGCGUACAGUACAUUCGUAGCACAUAAGCUCAUAAUGAAGAUUCGAGACAGUAAUAUCGUGAAAAUCGCCGUCGAAUCGGAAGAUCUAUUCCCCAAAUUGAUCGAAUUCAAUCAAAAGCAACCUCUGGCGACCAUAAUUCAAGAACUAUGUACAGCUUGGGAGCUCUCCCAGCCAGACCAGUAUGCAUUACAAUUCAGCGACAACAACAGGCAAAACUACGUUACAGAAAAGAAUCGAAACGAGAUAAAAAACGGUGUAGUGCUACGUUUAACAUUUUCACCGUCGAAAACCGCCCAGGAUAUUUUAUCAAAGUUAAACACCGGAUCCAACGAUGAAAAAGCUAUAGCGCUGCAACAGUUAUCGAAACACAGUACGGAUAUGACGUUUGCUUUGGAAUUUAUCAAUAAACAAGGACUGGCUCUCAUUAUCAACCUGAUCGAGCAAAAAAAAUAUCAAGAUUUAAUGCUAGCUAAUUGUUUACAAUCCUUCACCGAGUUGAUGGAUCAUGGUAUUGUUUCUUGGGAUAUACUGGAGUCUUCGUUCAUAGUGACCGUUGCCGGAUACGUGAACAAUCAUUCGAAAACUCAAGAAUAUAAAGUGGUCGAAGCAGCGUUAUCUAUACUGGAAAAUAUCGUUUUGAACAGUACCGGGAAAUACGCGCAGGUGGAGAAGCAAGUUACUUUUCCCAAUCUAGUUUUCCAUCUAGAAAGUCCUAAAGCUGUCGUACGACAAAAUGCGAUCGCUUUGAUAAACGCUCUGUUCGCCAAAGCUGAUGCUUCCAGACGUAAAGAAAUCGCUGGGGUUUUAUGGUCCAAACAAGUCAGAAAUAUCAUUUUGUCGAAAAUAAUCGAAAAUCCCACCGACCAAAUCGGAUCUGAGAUGGCACAUCAACUGUACGUUUUGCAAACCGGUUGCUUGGGAUUAUUAGAGCAACGAAUGAAUGCUAAAAUGGAUCCUCAAGAUAUGGAAAGUCAUGAAAAAAUCAAAGAAUUACGACGUAUCGCUUUCGAAAUUGAGAUCAACGGAAAUAGCGAAGGUGCCAAUAGAAAGCUGCUGGGAGGAACAAUAACCAAAGAUUAUAAAAAAUUAGGCUUCAAAUGCGAUAUCAACCCAGCUCUCGAUUUCAACGAAACUCCUCCUGGAUUAUUAGCUUUAGAUUGUAUGUAUUACUUCGCGAAAAAUCACGUGGAAGCUUAUACCAAAGUUGUUUUGGAGAAUUCUUAUCGAGCAGAUGAGCACGAAUGUCCUUUCGGCAGAACUUCAGUCCAACUGGUGAGAUUAUUGUGCCAAAUCUUACGUAUCGGAGAGUCUCCUAACGAACAGAAUAUCACAUAUUAUCCAAUGUUUUUCACCCACGAUCAUCCUUUCGAAGAAUUUUACUGUAUUUGUAUCAAUUUAUUGAAUAAAACUUGGAAAGAGAUGAGAGCAACUAUCGAAGACUUUGAAAAGGUCUUCGGCGUUGUAAAAGAGCAAAUAACGCAGGCGUUGCAUUCGCAACCGACGAGUUUUGAAAAACUAAGAGCGAAGUUACAAACUUUACCGUAUUCGGAAAUAAUAAACUUGUGGCAACAAGAGCGUCAAAGUAGAGAAGAAUGGGAAAGUCACGCGAAACCAAUCGUUCAACUCAAAGAACUAAUCACUCCGGAAAUUGUCGAUUUGAUACAAAAACAAAGAUUAGGUUAUCUUGUGGAUGGAACUCGGUUCACUAAAUAUACGACGAGAGGACAGAGAGUUAAAGAUAAAUUCUGGUACGUACGUCUCUCCCCCAAUCACAAAGUUUUCCAUUAUGGGGAUUGUGACGAAAAAAGUACUCCAUCGAUAGACGAUUUAACUACCAAACUGCAAGUAGCAGAUAUCAAAGCUCUAGUCACUGGCAAAGAUUGCCCUCACAUGAAAGAUUUGAGAGGACGUGGUAAUAAAGCGACUCAUCAUUUAGCAUUUUCGCUGACUUUCGACUCGAUCGAAGUCGGCUCUUUGGAUUUCGUAGCUCCCGACGAAGUAAUAUUUGAUUACUGGACAGACGGAGUUAACGCUUUAUUAGGUAAUAAAAUGACCAGCAAAGAAGCGGAAAAAGAUUUAGAAACUUUAUUAUCAAUGGAAAUCAAACUACGGUUGCUCGAUGCCGAAGGUAUCAAUAUUCCUCAAGAUCCUCCAACCAUUCCACCAGAUCCUCCUAAUUACGAUUUUGCUUUAGAAUUUAAGUAAUCAUUGACGAAAGUAUACGUAUUAUAUCAUUUUGCAUCGCAUUAUAUUUUUACCAUUUAUGGAAUAUAUUUUUAUAACUUUA